GCCCUGGCGAUGUGGUAGUAUGUGAUACAAAGUCGCCGAGUUGAAGUCUUGCGUUUUGUUGAGUUUUUCGUCCAACUGUUCAAGUGCAAUAAAUAACACAGUGGUAAUGCGGAAUAGCUAAUGAAUAAUAGAAAGACUACGAUUCAAAGAGCGAUAAAUACGGCAAAGGGAUACGUGCAGACAAACGGCCAAGCAGAAGUCAACGAUCGAGGGAUUCAGGACGAGGACGCGAGUGAAGGAAGCUAAGGAAGUUAAAGGACUCGCACCCGGAAUCCUUCAGCGUCCAGCCUCCAAUCCAAACAUCCUCCACAGCCUCAACAACAUCCUCCACAUCCUCCAGUAAUCACCAGCAACAGUCAAUCGGACUCGCGAGCUAAAUGUCCAGUUGCCGCUAUCGUUCCAUACGGACGGCGUGUCACUCCCGACAAAUGCGUAUUGUGGUUGACCUUGUUUAAUAUAAUUAUGGCCGAGCGGUCGUUACAAAAGUAUCAGAAAUUGGAUACAGUGACGGUUGGAAGCGGCUCAGGAAGUAGUGCAAGCAGAGCAUCAACAGGACUCCUUAGGCGGGGGGCACUUGGAUCGAAAGGGAGCCCAUCGCUUAGCUGAUAGAAUGGGUGGCCCGAAAAAAGAGGAAAACCCACCAGGUGGUGGUCCGACGUCAUUGUUUAUUCUAACCGAGGAUAACCCAAUUAGAAAGUACACACGAUUCAUCAUAGAAUGGCCGCCCUUUGAAUACGCUGUGUUAUUGACAAUCAUAGCCAACUGUGUUGUGUUGGCACUAGAGGAGCACUUGCCAGGGGGCGACAAGACAGUAUUGGCUCAAAAAUUGGAAAAAACGGAGGCCUAUUUUUUAUGCAUUUUCUGUGUAGAAGCGUCGCUCAAGAUCCUCGCCUUAGGGCUUGUUCUGCAUAAACACUCCUAUCUCAGGAAUAUUUGGAACAUCAUGGAUUUUUUCGUUGUAGUUACGGGAUUCAUGACACAGUACCCACAAAUAGGGCCCGAGGUAGACCUAAGAACACUUAGAGCCAUUCGUGUGCUACGGCCCUUAAAAUUAGUGUCUGGAAUUCCUAGUUUACAAGUAGUUUUAAAAUCUAUAAUCAAGGCGAUGGCACCUUUACUGCAAAUCGGUCUCUUGGUGUUGUUUGCAAUCGUAAUUUUUGCAAUCAUUGGACUCGAGUUUUAUUCGGGCGCACUGCAUAAGACUUGUUAUAGCUUAGAAGAUCCAAACAAACUAGUGAAGGAGGGCGAAUCAGAGACGCCUUGCAACACGGACAACAUCCUGGAAAAGGCCGCCGGCUCCUUCGUAUGCAACAACACCACGAGCAUGUGUCUGGAGAAGUGGGAGGGACCAAAUUCAGGUAUCACGAGUUUCGAUAACAUCGGAUUUGCCAUGUUGACCGUAUUCCAAUGUAUCACCAUGGAGGGCUGGACGGCAAUACUGUAUUGGACCAACGACGCAUUAGGUUCAGGAUGGAAUUGGAUAUAUUUCGUGCCUCUUAUAGUUAUAGGCUCAUUUUUUAUGCUCAACUUAGUUCUUGGUGUCCUUAGUGGUGAAUUCGCAAAAGAACGAGAAAAAGUAGAAAAUAGACAAGAGUUUCUUAAACUUAGAAGGCAGCAGCAACUAGAAAGAGAGUUGAACGGCUAUGUUGAAUGGAUUUGUAAAGCUGAGGAGGUUAUCCUGGCCGAGGAGCGAACAACCGAAGAGGAGAAAAUGCACAUAAUGGAGGCUCGAAGACGAAAUGCUGCCAAGCGGAAAAAGCUGAAAAGCUUGGGAAAAUCCAAGUCCACAGAUACAGAGGAAGAGGAAGCGGAGGAAGAUUACGGAGACGAUGGUUACCUCAAAACGCGCUCGAAACCCCAAGGAAGUUGUACUGGAUUCUGGCGGGCGGAGAAGAGGUUUCGUUUCUGGAUCCGGCACACGGUGAAGACGCAGUGGUUCUACUGGUUCGUCAUCGUCCUCGUCUUUCUGAACACCGUCUGCGUUGCCGUCGAGCAUUACGGCCAGCCCUCGUUCCUCACGGAGUUUCUGUACUAUGCUGAAUUCAUCUUCCUGGGACUGUUCAUGUCGGAGAUGUUCAUCAAGAUGUACGCGUUGGGGCCCCGCAUCUACUUUGAGUCGUCGUUCAACCGAUUUGAUUGCGUUGUCAUUAGUGGUUCGAUAUUCGAAGUGAUCUGGUCCGAGGUGAAAGGCGGUUCGUUCGGUCUGUCUGUGCUGCGUGCCCUGCGAUUGCUGCGCAUCUUCAAAGUCACCAAGUACUGGUCGUCGCUGCGCAAUCUAGUCAUCUCACUGUUGAACUCGAUGAGAUCGAUCAUCUCAUUGUUGUUCCUGCUCUUCUUGUUCAUCCUUAUAUUCGCCUUACUGGGCAUGCAGUUGUUUGGCGGCCAGUUCAAUCUGCCCGGAGCCACGCCCGAAACGAAUUUUAACACUUUCCCGAUAGCACUGUUGACUGUAUUCCAAAUCCUCACUGGCGAAGAUUGGAACGAGGUCAUGUACCAGGGCAUCAUUUCUCAGGGUGGUGCGCAGAAAGGAAUGAUUUACUCUAUAUACUUUAUCGUUUUGGUACUCUUCGGAAAUUACACGCUAUUGAAUGUGUUCUUGGCUAUCGCCGUUGAUAAUUUGGCGAAUGCCCAAGAACUUACAGCAGCCGAAGAGGAACAAGUCGAAGAGGAUAAAGAGAAACAACUGCAGGAGCUCGAGAAGGAGAUGGAGGCCCUCCAGGCGGAUGGAGUUCAUGUGGAGAAUGGCGACGGUGCUGUCGCCCCCAGCAAGUCCAAGGGCAAGAAGAAGGAGGAGGAGAAGAAGGAGGAGGAGGAGGUGACCGAGGGUCCCAAGCCGAUGCUGCCCUACUCAUCGAUGUUUAUACUAUCACCAACCAAUCCCAUACGACGCGGCGCCCAUUGGGUGGUUAAUUUACCAUAUUUUGAUUUCUUCAUUAUGGUUGUCAUCUCAAUGUCAUCAAUAGCAUUAGCAGCCGAAGAUCCCGUUCGUGAGAACUCGAGGCGAAACAAGAUAUUGAAUUAUUUCGAUUAUGCAUUUACCGGCGUAUUCACGAUAGAAAUGUUGCUGAAAAUUGUAGACUUGGGUGUGAUCCUGCACCCUGGCAGCUAUUUAAGAGAAUUCUGGAAUAUUAUGGAUGCUGUGGUCGUUAUAUGCGCUGCUGUUAGUUUCGGUUUCGAUAUGAGCGGUAGCAGCGCUGGACAAAAUUUAUCGACUAUUAAAUCGCUACGGGUAUUGCGUGUACUGCGCCCAUUGAAGACCAUUAAGCGUGUACCGAAAUUGAAAGCCGUGUUCGAUUGCGUCGUGAACUCAUUGAAAAAUGUUGUUAACAUUCUAAUCGUGUACAUAUUGUUUCAAUUUAUAUUUUCUGUUAUUGGAGUACAAUUGUUCAAUGGAAAAUUUUUUCAUUGUACGGACGAAAGUAAACAUACUUCCGCAGAGUGCCAGGGCUACUACUUCAAGUACGAGGAGGACGAGCUGCUGCCAAAACAGGAGCAACGUGUCUGGAAACCGCGGGCUUUCCACUACGACAAUGUGGCCGCUGCGAUGUUGACCCUGUUCGCCGUUCAGACCGGCGAGGGAUGGCCACAGGUCUUGCAACACUCAAUGGCUGCCACUUAUGAAGAUAGGGGUCCAAUCCAAAAUUUCCGGAUCGAAAUGUCCAUAUUUUAUAUUGUGUAUUUUAUUGUAUUUCCGUUCUUCUUCGUCAACAUAUUCGUGGCCUUGAUUAUUAUUACGUUUCAAGAGCAAGGCGAAGCUGAGUUACAAGAUGGCGAAAUUGACAAAAAUCAGAAAUCCUGCAUCGAUUUCACUAUAGGAGCACGUCCCCUCGAACGCUAUAUGCCCAAGAAUCGGAACACCUUCAAGUAUAAAGUGUGGCGCAUUGUGGUGUCCACGCCCUUUGAGUACUUCAUUAUGAUGUUGAUCGUAUUCAAUACCCUUUUGCUGAUGAUGAAGUAUCACAAUCAGGGCGACAUGUACGAAAAGGCGCUGAAGUACAUCAACAUGGGAUUCACCGGCAUGUUCAGUGUGGAAACGGUGCUCAAAAUCAUUGGAUUCGGUGUUAAGAACUUCUUCAAGGACCCGUGGAACAUAUUCGAUUUGAUCACCGUUUUGGGCAGCAUUGUGGAUGCACUUUGGAUGGAAUUCGGGCACGAUGAUUCGAACUCAAUCAACGUCGGCUUCCUGCGUUUAUUUCGAGCGGCGCGACUUAUCAAAUUACUUCGACAAGGAUACACGAUUCGAAUUCUGCUGUGGACAUUUGUGCAAUCCUUUAAGGCACUGCCCUAUGUCUGUUUGCUUAUAGCCAUGCUAUUUUUCAUAUACGCCAUUAUUGGCAUGCAGGUGUUCGGGAAUAUCAAACUAGGUACGGUGGAAAAUUCCAUUACUAGACACAACAACUUCCAAUCAUUUGAGCAAGGCGUCAUGUUGCUAUUCAGGUGUGCAACUGGCGAGGCAUGGCCCAACAUAAUGCUGGCAUGUUUGAAGGGCAAGGCCUGCGACGAUGACGCCGAGAAGGCACCUGGGGAGUACUGCGGAUCCACACUGGCCUACGCCUACUUCGUAUCGUUUAUAUUCUUCUGCUCCUUCCUGAUGCUGAAUCUGUUCGUCGCCGUCAUCAUGGAUAAUUUCGAUUAUCUCACCAGGGACUCCAGCAUAUUGGGUGCCCAUCACUUAGACGAAUUUGUGCGCAUAUGGGCGGAAUAUGAUCCAAAUGCGACUGGAAAAAUACACUACACGGAAAUGUACGACAUGCUGAAGAACAUGGAUCCACCGUUGGGCUUUGGCAACAAGUGUCCCAAUCGACUGGCCUACAAGAAACUGAUUAGAAUGAAUAUGCCACUGGACGAUGAAUUGAGAGUUCAGUUCACCACAACGUUAUUCGCUUUGAUUCGCGAGAAUCUCAGCAUCAAAAUGAGAGCGCCUGAGGAGAUGGACCAGGCGGACAUGGAACUGCGGGAGACCAUCACGAACAUCUGGCCAUUGCAGGCGAAGAAGAUGCUGAACCUGCUGGUCCCGCCCAGCGAUCAGCUCAACAAGGGCAAACUGUCAGUGGGUAAAAUCUAUGCAGGUUUCCUCAUCCUGGAGUCCUGGCGCAGCACGCGGUUCGGCCAACUCGAUUCGGGAAUGCCGCGGAAGAAGCUGGAGCACGACGAUGAGCAUAAAUAUAGCCCAACGGCAGUCGAGGAGCCGAAACAAUCAUUCUUUAACUGCCUCCUCGAUAUGGCCGCCCUUGACAAAGGAGGAUCGCGUCAGGGCUCCAUAAGUUUCGAGCCGAAUGGGGAAGGAGCCGCCAACUCACAAACACAUUUGUUAGCCAGCACGCACCACCACCACGCAAACGGUGAUGCCGAACACAACAGUUUGGCAACACUGGCACGGCGGAGUACGAUCAGAAAGCGAUCAGUUAGAAACAAAAAGGUGAAUAAGUUUGAUAAACUCCAAGCGAUGCUGGAGCUGCAGGACGCAUCGAGACACCCAUCGCAGGAGUCGCUAACCGGUGCCGAUGCUGGCCAUCUACAUCCUGGACAUUCGUACAUGAAUGGCCAUCGGCGAUCGCCUAGCCUGAGGCACAACGGCUCUCCACUGGCCAGAUCUCCGAGUCCUCGACGGCGUGGCCAUCAAUACAUACAUCAUGAUAUCGGGUUCUCCGAUACCGUAUCUAAUGUUGUAGAGAUGGUCAAGGAGACUCGCCAUCCUAGGCAUGGCAACAGUCAUCCGCGGUAUCCAAGAGGUUCAUGGUCAGCAUCGACAAGUCCGGCCCGUUCGCCUUCGCCUUCUCGAUAUGGUGGUCAUUUGUCUCGCAGUAAACGCACUCAACUGCCUUAUCCCACAUAUGGGACAACCAGUCUAUGUCAAAGAUCACGAUCGCCGAGUCCCGCUAGACUUCAGGAGAUGCGUGAACGAGACAGACUUGGUUAUGGGAUUGAUAUGGGUGUAACGCAUGUACAGCACAGUUACCCUACACUGGCCUCCCGAAGAGCCGGCAUCGGAAGACGGCUUCCUCCGACGCCCAGCAAACCGUCAACACUGCAGCUCAAGCCAACCAAUAUCAAUUUCCCCAAACUGAAUGCCAGUCCCACACAUACACACCACUCAACGCCCCACAGUGUUCACUCGCUACCACACCACCGCGACCUGCUGCGAGAUCCGAGGGACAUGUACUACAGUAGUAGAGAACGCGAGCGGGAUCGCGAACGCCUUAGGGAUCGGGAUCGGGAUCGGGAUCGCGAAAGGGAUCGCGAUCGCCUGCACGAGUACGACCUGCGCUACGAGUACCGGGAUCGCGAGCGGGAGUUGUACGAGCGCGAAAGAGAUCGCGAGCGGGAGGUCGAAAGAGAAAGACUGGAAUAUAUAGCACCGCUGUCAUUCGAACAAGCGCUGGCUAUGGGCCGAACAGGUCGUGUACUGCCAUCUCCAGUUCUAAAUGGUUUUAAGCCAAAGAGUGGUCUGAACCCUCGACACUCCGAUUCGGAUGAGGAGGAUUGGUGCUAGCAAAGGCUUUGAUUGCGAUCGCGUAAUCGAAAGGAUCAGAUCUGGGUAUAGCAUCAGGCCAUUUGCUCCUCGUUGUCAGCACCAAACUUAGAUCACAAUUUUGAUACGAUACGACACAGCUAUCAGAUACCCGAACAUCAGCGAACCCAUCCAUACCUUUGUCCACUAGUACACCAACACCAACACCAACACUUACACCAACACCAACACCUACACCACCUACACCAACGACCACACCAAGAGCAGCACCUAUAUCAAAGGUAUGGCACGAACGUAUCGACACCGAAACUAGGAACAACUAUAUCUGAUAUCAAAUUGGCUGGAGUUAGCUUACAGGAAUUAAACCCAAAUCGACAACCGCAAUCGCAACAGAAGCAGGAGCAACAAUUUCAUCAGGAUGGGUGGCUCAGAUGGUACCGGCAAGCGGUUCCAUACGGAUCCCCGGUGAUGGCAUCAUUGCCGGCGACCAGAACAACAUCGCCCCACUCCGAUAUCGAAUUCAUUAGAAAUAUGAAGAGAAG